ACUAAACACUCUCAGCGAUAAGACCUUGUCACUAGCUGGGCCGCCUCUACCGCCUGCCGUUGCCCUCCUCUCUGUCCACACAGCUCACGUCGCCAUGGGCAAGAGCCGGACGAAGCGUUUCAAGCGACCUCAGUUCUCCCCUACCGGCAACUGUCAGACUAAGGCGGCUGCAGCAGCGAAUGGGACUGGAGGCGAGGAGGACGACGGGCCGGCGGCAGAGCUGCUAGAAAAGCUCCAGCACCCGAGCGCCGAGGUCCGCGAGUGCGCCUGCGCGGGGCUGGCCCGGCUGGUGCAGCAGCAGCCGGUGCUCCCGGACCUGGCUCGUCGCGACGCCGUGCGCCGGCUCGGGCCGCUGCUGCUCGAUCCCAGCCUGGCCGUCAGGGAGACGGCGGCCGGCGCGCUCAGAAAUCUCAGUGCUUGUGGAGGUUUUGAAGUUUGCGAUGACAUGGUGACUAAGGAUAUCAUGACUCCUCUGGUCGCACUGCUAAAGGAGUGUAGUGCUGGACUGGAUUCAAAUGAGAUGUCUCCACAGGAGAAAAAAGAUCAGAACAGAAAUUCUGUUGAGAACAUAGUCAAUGAGGCUGUGAACGUGCUGUGGAAUAUAUGUGAAUGCAGUAGUAGAGCAGUAUCUAUAUUCAACAAAGAAGGGUGUUUGGAGAUUGUAUUAAAGUAUUUAAGUAGGUUUUCCACCAAUGUUGACCUGGCUAUUUCAGUAGCAUAUUGUUUGCAGACGGUGACAGAAGAUAACCCAGAGCUACUGAAAUCUUUCAGUGUCACAGCAUUGCAUGUGCUGGAAUCAGCGAUGCUUUCUCCUGUCAGUUCCAUGGAAUACAUUCUAUUGAAGACAUUGGUGGCAGGUACAAUUUGGAAUCUAAAGGACAUUAUCCCAUCCAAGAGUCAGGCAGAAAUCAUAAAUGCCAUAUUAAAGAUCUUAUCUGAAGUUUUGGAUAUGGAUGCUGGUGAAACGGUUAUUCAAAUGAAGGAGGCUGAAACUCAAAAGUUAAAAACUGCUGCAGAGAUGGAGGAAGUAUUAGAGAAUGCUAAUGGUGAUGAUUUGAUUGAAGAUGAUGAAAUGGAAGAAAUUCCUCAUAAAAGAAAAGUCAGAAGAAAAACUUUCGUUUCCGAUUUACUACCACCCACUGACAAGGAACUGAGAGAGACCAAAGCAUUGCUGACAGCUCAGCAGACUGCUCUGGAAAUAAUUGUCAACAUGUGCUGUAAUGAAGAUCCCUCUGAUGAUGAAUGGGAAGAGCUAUCUAGCAGUGAUGAAAGCGAUGCGUUUAUGGAGAAUUCCUUCAGUGAGUGCGGCGGCCAGCUGCUGUCUCCCCUCUGCCUCUCCCAUGAGAUUCACACUGCUCUCACCAACUACCUCAUCCCAAAGAAGAUUUUUGAGAAAACUUUGAUACUGAAUUCUGAUGGGUAACUUUUGGAGAAACAGACAACAUUGUUUCACUUCCUUUCCAGAAUGAACACUAUACAAUGUAGAGCCCUUGUGUGUCUCCAGAGUCUUGUGUCCCUCCUGGACAUGGACCAUCUGGGAGGAGCUCCAGCCCUUCAAGAACUUGCACAACAUCUGUCACAACUUCUUUUUUCUCAGCAAGAUUUUGCUAAACAUGCAGACUUUCUAGAAGCCAUAAGUAGUGCCUUGAGGGCCCUUUUGCAAACAAUGGCCUCCAAGAACAUUUCUCAGUGCAUGACUCCUGAUCAGCUGAUGACAUUAUGCAAAGCAGGCAUUCAUAGUAGUAAUGUCGGAGUUAGAGUGAAUGUUGUCAGUAUUUUAGGAAUCACUGGCAGCGUCCUAGCCAAAGAAGAUGGUACACUUGAAAUUCUUAAGACCAUUGGGUGCUUUCUACUUGAGGUGGCCACCAAAGAUCCUUCCCUUGUAGUAGCAGGAGAAGCUUUGGAUGCCCUCUUUGAUGUUUUUGCAGAUGGUACAGAAGCUGAAAGAGCCUCAAUUCAGAUUAAAUUGUUAUCUGCUCUGAAGGAAUUCCAGCCAGUCUUCAAAAUGAAGAUACGAAAAGAAGGGAGAGGUAAAUACAGUCCAGAUCAGCUGUGUGUUCUUGACAAUGUGAAGAUGAAUUUGAGAAGGUUUGUUACUUAUCAAGAAACCGUUGAGAAAAGACUGACUUCUUGAACCAUCAAAAGAGAGACCAAUUCUUCCCCAAAGUAUUUGAUGCUAAGAAUACUGAAGGGUUUCCUUUGAGUGUAUAUGAAAGUAAUUUUUUAAUGCUUAUAUUAUAUACAUUAAUUUUAAGUUCAUAAAAACUUCAAAACCUGUUAGAAACUCCUCUUUAAGCCUUGGGAUCUUUGUGGCAUUUCUAGUGCUCUUUAAAUCAUGUCUCCAGCAGUAUUUACUCACUGGAAACACAUAGAGCGGAAGAGUGGAAACACAGAAAUCUCAGGUGGUUCUUAACUAAUUUGUAUACAGUGACAAAACUUCAAACAAUCAUGUUUCCCUUGAAUUUUGCAGAAAAGGAAAAUCCAAAGCACUGUUUUGGAUGCUCUUUUUAGUCAGUAUCAUUUUAUCAUUUUAUAUUAGCUGAAUCUAUAACUAAUAUGAACAUGAAGAUAGGCUUUAUAAAAUGAUUUUUUUGGUAUGAAGUGUACCAUUAUGUUUACCUUUUGUAAAGAAAUGAAUGAGUUGAAUUUGUGCUUUACUACUUAGCAGGUCAUACUAAUGAGUUAAUUAGGUAAUUGCCAUUCUCUCUUUGGGCAGAUCUGAUCAGUUAUUGCUUUGUAACAUCAUCCCUGUAUUUAAUUCGAUAUGGAAUCAGAAUUAGGAGAAAAUAUUUUUGAAUAAAUAAUUUUUUAAUUGAAA